UCGAUGUUCGCUUCGGCAAGCGGAGCAUGAGCUGUCUUCGCAGGCCUUGCACCGGUUUGGGCACACGAGAUAGAUGAAUUUUUGUCUUUUAAGUUAGCGCAAUUUUGUGUUUUUGUGCAUAUUCUGUGUUGUAUCUUUUUUCUCUCGUUACUUAUGUUAAGGUCGUCCUCAUGGUAUUUGACACUCCGUGCUGUCAGGGUGCAUGUUAGCUGCAGGUCGGCAUCAUGCUAGCUAGUUAGCUGCUAGGCUGUUUGUUUGUAGCCCCGUAGGCCGUAUUCGUGACAUAAGUUACGUCCUCUCGGCGGCGUAGUUUACGCGCGAUGGCGCAGGAGCUCGUGUGAAGUGAGACGUACGUCAUUUCGAGAAUAUCAGUCCCGUCCAGGUCGUAUUCUGAAAGGCCGGUUACGUGCGGAGCUGUCACUUGCUCUCAGUGGACAUGGCGAUGUACUGACAUGGAAGGUGUGACACUCGGCCCUUCAACUCUGUGUUGGGGUUUUCCCUGCUCCUGCAGCGUGUUGCAGACAAACAUCUGGUGUUACCUCAGGAGAUCGCCACCUCACCAACUGAGAUAUGAUAACACUAUUGGAUUAGACUGCAGCUGCACAGCAACAAACAUAGAGUCGAGUGAGGAGUGUAAUGGCCUGAGGGGGGUCCCCCCGGUCCCACCUGCCCCUGCCAGGUCCAAUCUGCCUAAACUGUCUGCUCAGCCACUGCAACCCACCACCGCGAUGGGAGACGGACUGGAGGCAGGCAGCAGCCAGAACCCUCCAUCUGCCCCACCGCCUCUCCCCUUCAACCCUCCACCCCCGGAAACAUGGAACCCCUCAAAACCCAAACGACAGACCAACCAGCUACAGUACCUGCUUAAAGAGGUGUUGAAGCCAUUAUGGAAACACCACUUUGCAUGGCCCUUCCAAGCUCCUGUAGAUGCCAUUAAACUCAAUUUGCCCGACUACUACAAGAUCAUCAAGAACCCUAUGGACAUGGGCACGAUUAAAAAACGUCUGGAGAACAACUACUACUGGAAUGCCCAGGAGUGUAUCCAAGACUUCAACACAAUGUUCACAAACUGCUACAUCUACAACAAGCCUGGGGAUGAUAUUGUCCUAAUGGCGAAGGCCUUGGAGAAGGCCUUUCUCCAGAAGAUCACACAGAUGCCGCAGGAGGAGAUAGAGAUCGCUGUGGUCACCAAGGGACGCAGAGGGAGCAGACGGGAGCCAGGUUUGAUCACCAAGUCUGAUUCAGGCCAAGACUCAUCGUCUCCCUCCACUACCCCACACACACGAGGCUUCUCCUCUCCUUCAACCACCCCUCAGCCCCAGGCUCAGCCCCCACGUGUCCCUCCUACACCCACUUCUCACGCACCACUUCUGGGACCUCCGUAUCCCCUGUCAACUCCUGAUGUCCUUGCCCAGGGCAUGACCUCUGUUCCUCCUCCAGCCCAGACGCACCCAGGCCUCCAUCCCGCCCCGAUGCUGCAGAGCUCCCCUGCCCUCAUCAAGCAAAGAAAAAGCCAGAAGAGGAAAGCAGACACCACCACACCCACAGCCAACGACCAGCUCAGUGAAUCAUCUCCUGUCUCUGCUGAGACUCGGCUGCGCCGAGAGAGCACUCGCCCCUCUAAGCAGCCCAAGAAAGACGCGUUGCAGCCGGACUCUCAGCAUCAUCUGGGAGGCAGUUUGGAGACGGGAGGGACUGUUGUGCAGAAACGGCAGGAGCAACUGCGUUUCUGUGCACGCCUCCUCAGAGAAAUGCUGUCCAAGAAACAUGUAUCGUAUGCCUGGCCCUUCUACAAGCCCGUAGAUGUAAAAGCUCUUGGCCUCCAUGACUACUACGACAUCAUCAAGCACCCCAUGGAUCUCAGCACCAUCAAGAUAAAGCUGGACAACAAACAGUACAGAGACGCUCAAGAAUUCGCAGCAGAUGUCCGGUUGAUGUUCUCCAACUGUUACAAGUACAAUCCCCCAGACCAUGAUGUGGUUGACAUGGCACGCAAAUUACAGGAGGUGUUUGAGAUGCGGUUUGCCAAAAUGCCCGAUGACACAGAGGAGCCCGUCCCUGUUCCCACCCCGUCGUCGGCCCUCCACCCUGCCCCCUCCACUCGACAAGCCCCGCCGCCCUCUGCUGUCUCGGAAGACGAUAGCUCCAGUUCCUCUGAAUCGGAGUCCUCGGGAGGAGACUCAGAACAUGAAAGGCAACAGCGAUUGGCUGAGUUACAGGAACAGCUGAAAGCUGUCCACGAACAGCUGGCAGCACUUUCCCAGCCCCAAGCCAGCAAGCCCAAGAAGAAAGAGAGGGAGAAAAAAGAGAAGAAGAAAGAAAAGCACAAGAAGAAGAUUGGAGCGGAGGACCCUGUGGAGACCUCUCCUUCUAUGGGGCUUCAGGCUUCGAAGAAAAACAAGAGCAACAAGGAGUUAAUCAUUGGGAAGAAGGAAAGGAAAAAGCCUGGUAAGAAAGAAGGAGUUAAAAAUAGCCGCCCAGCUGUGCAGCCUCAGCCUGGGCCAACUCCUCUUGUCCCUUCGGCCUCUCUUGAAGCAGAGGAUGACAUGGAUGCUUUCGGGGGCGUGUCCACUGACAGGUGCAAGCCGAUGUCGUACGAGGAGAAGCGCCAGCUGAGCCUGGACAUCAACAAGUUGCCCGGUGACAAACUGGGACGCGUUGUGCACAUAAUCCAAACGCGUGAGCCUUCGCUGAAGAACUCCAACCCGGACGAGAUCGAGAUUGACUUUGAGACUCUGAAGCCCUCCACUCUGAGAGAGCUGGAGAAAUACGUCUCCAGCUGCCUCAAGAAGAAGAAAAAGCCAUCAGAGAAGCCUCUUGAAACAACGAAUAUUACAAAGAUGAAGACAGGAUCCUCAUCUUCGGACAGCAGUGAUUCCUCUGACAGUGAAGACUCUGAAAAUGGGCUGGUUCCCAAGCAGCAGAAGAAGAUCUCCUCUAACAAAGACACCAAGAGACCGCACCAGUCCCUCAGUAGCGUAGUGAGCCCAGUCACCCCUCAGCCUCCGAUUCAGCCUCCGAUUCAGCCUCAAGUGGUUCAGUCCAAACCACCAUUUGUCCCCCCUCCCCCUGUCCACGUCUCUGUUCCGUCUCUGGACUCGUCCCAGCUGUUGAACUCUGGAUUUGAUCCUCUGGCUCAGUUCAUGAACCCUCACUUGACGCAGUCCCACACAGAGCCCAAUCCAACCAUUACUACUGUCGGUGCCCCCAUAGUGUCUGGCCUCCUCAACACAAACACACCCACUAGCCAGACACCCACUGAGACGCAUCCUUUCCUAAACCAACAUCCCGUCAUACCUUCGCCAGCGAUCCACAAUGCUCUACCCCAGCAACCAUCAAGGCCUAGCAACCGAGCAGCACCUCUUCCUCCAAAAAUCUCUCAGCCUCCCCCGUCUUCGCUCCCCUCCAUGCCUCCAUCAUCCUCACCCCAGCUUCAGCCCUCACUUCCACUCACUCUCCCCCAGCCUGUCCCCCGCCCCCGCGUUCCUUCACCCCCAUCGCAUGGCAUCUUGGGUACUCUCUCGGCGCAACCUCCCCAAGCUCUGUUGGAGGACGACGAAGAGCCGACGCCCACCAGUUCUGAACUUACCUCUCUCAGUCAAGUCCACACCUUCUUGCAGUCGCUCCAGGCUCGACCCACCACGCAGACGCAGCCGCUACAUGCGCACGCACACUCGCCUGCGCAGGUGGCCUCUCAGCUGGUGCCGUCGAUGCACACGCAGGCUGUGACGACACCCACCCCUCCCCUGACGCAGAGACACAGCUCAGGCCACGCGCACAUGCGGCAGCCGUUCCCGCAUACACACACGUCGGUGCCACAGCAGCAGAAGGGUGUGGCCCUGCAGCAGAAAGUACAGCAGAUGCAACAGCAGCAACAACAACAACAACAACAUCAACAGCAACAACAGCAGCAGCAGCCGUCACCGCGCAGCAAAGUAGAACCUUUCUCAACAGGUUGCCUGCGUGAGAGUCCUUCUUCCCUGAUGAUGCACUCUCCUCAGAUGCCUCAGUUUCAUACAGUGGGACAGCAGUCACCCUCACAGACCAAGAAACAUGAGCAGAGGUCCAACCUAGUGGGGAUCAAAGAAGAGAAACCCUCCCAGUCACCAGUUCUGCCCCCCUCGCCCUUCAGCCCCACCAUGCGUCAAGAAUCAAACAAACCCGACAGCAAACACAGAUUAGACCUGAAAUCACUGGAUGGCUCUCGCCCCGGUUCCCGCCUGCCAGACUCCCCGGUGCCACCCUGCUCCCAGCAAGACAUCAAAAUCAAGCAAGAGCCCAAAACUCCUAUCGCUCCCAAGAAGACGCAGGAUGUGAAGUUAAAGAACAUGGGCUCUUGGGCCAGCCUGGCUCAGAGGUCCCAGUCCACGCCGGCCUCCUCCGUGCGCUCCUCCAGCGACAGCUUUGAACAGUUCAGACGGGCCGCCAGGGAGAAGGAAGAGAGGGAGAGACAGCUGAAAGCACAGGCUGAACAGGCCAGGAGAGAGCAAGAAAAGCUACGCCGUGACGAUGAGGACACCAUGGAGCAGGCUCGUCGAGCGCAAGAAGAUGCCCGCCGUCGCCAGGAGCAACAGUCGCCCCUUGCUCCAACACCUCCAGCUUCCACGCCGCCUACUCACUCCCCACAGGCCCCGCCCUCACAACCACAGGCUCCACCCCCUCCUCCCUCUGCUGCACAUAACACUCCCGACCAGCAGAGGGAGAUGGCACGUCGCCGCGAGCAGGAGAGGCGCAGGCGAGAGGCGAUGGCUGACACCAUUGACAUCAACUUCCAGAGCGACCUGAUGGCCAUCUUUGAAGAGAAUCUGUUCUGAGGGGGGAAAAGCAGACGAUGAGAGUGAGAGAAGGACCUAUAGAGACGCAUACACAAAUUUACACACAUGCAUAUACAAUGCUCUGAUACGUAUGUCUGCCGCUCACACGUACACACACACACACACACACGCACGCACACUCACACACACUCACACACACUUGAUAGUAACUGUCCCUUUCUCUCAGUAGUUGAAACAGCUGGCUUGUGUCAUGUGAAUGAGAGGGGGGGAAGUGAAAGUGAAACAAGCAACCCUCUUUAGCUCCAACCUCAGAUACGUUUUGGUGUCUGGCUUGGUGUUUACGUUUGUCGCUUCUGAGUCUCCAAAGACGUCAGGUCGAAAGUGGACGUUGAAAUAAUAAGACAGUUGACUCCCUCAAGGAAAACAAGAAAGACAGAAUGAAAAGGAGGGGACAGAACUUUUACAUAAAAAUAAUAAUAAUAAUAACGGUGAUGAAGAGGAGGAUUUAAUUUAAGAAAUUAAGUGAAAAACCAUAUUCUGUAAUGUCUUGAGAGGAGACAUGGGUUAAAUGGAACAGGUGAACAAAUUACAAAAUGGAUCGAUCACUUUGUUUUUUGUUUUUUUUUCCCCUCUCCUAAUUUUGUCUCUCUCUCUCUUUUCUUUUUAUUUUUAUUUUAAGCUGGAUUUUAAGUGGCGGGAGUGGGAUGAUGUGGUCUAGUUUGUCAGGUUCAGCGGCCAUCCAAGAGUCUGUUGUUUUCUCAGGACACAGUGGGAACGCGACACCCUGGCCACAUUCUCACACUUUUCUAAGACAUCCUUCCUCUGUUCACUUCCCUCUAAUUCUCUCUCCCUUCAGUCGCUAGUCGGAGAGGUGGAGGCUUCAGGGUGACGCUCGGUCUGUGUGCAUGUUGAACAUCCGAGGGCGAUAAGGAAGGAACAAUGGCAUUUUAAGUUUCGACGUGUGUCCUUUGCCUUAGCGCGUUGGCCUGUAAACUAACAAUCAUACCCUACAAAUUAUACAUAUUAUAUAUAUAAAUAGAUACAUGAAUAUAUAUUAUAUACGACGAAAAGUCAA